AUGUAUUUCGGACUGGUUAUAAUACUGUCCCUGUUUUCUGUGCUCUAUGGACAAGAUGUCUGUGAUCGAUGUAAAGGAGCAAACUUAUGUUUUUUCCCUGAUGCAAGGGACUGCCGAAUGUACAAUAUAUGUCAGAGUAAGAGGAAGCAGCACAUGCGUUGUUCAUUCGGAACAUUUUUUGAUGCCAACAAUAAGAUAUGCAACUACCCUUCACGUGUAAAAUGUGCAAGUGAUCCAUGUAGCGUAAAUUCUGCUGUGACGUCAUAUGCUGAUGACCAUGGGAACUGUCGUCAUUACUGGAAGUGCGUUGAUGGAAUGUCCACAGCAGUCUGUUGUCCUUAUGGGACAGGGUACGAUAAAGGGAAUCGUACGUGUGUUCCCACCAGGAACUGUAACUCAACAUGUUCUCUUUAUUCCCAAAAAGAUGGACCACAAGUUUCCGGCAGAGUUCAGGUUGUUUGUAGGAACGAAAAAAGUACAUUGAGUUGUCCAUCCGGUGAUGUCAUACGUAUAAAAGAGGCCGUCUACGGUGGCGCUGACCCUAUGACGUGUAUGUUUGAACAAGAUACAUCAUCAUGUACCAACGUCGACGCUACACAAAUUUUGGGCCCACUUUGUAACGACAAACAAACAUGUGAAGUUCACAUUCCCAGCAUCAUGUCUGAUCGUUGUCCACUGAUCGCCAAGCAAGUGGAGAUCCGUUAUGUCUGUGAAGCAGGAUGCAAACUAAGACCGGUCGGAAACAACGGUGUUUCAUUUUACAAUCUAGCCAGCAAGGGAACUAUUAUGUCUUGUGGGCCUGGCACACGGUUUGAUCAAGCGUCAUGUGGAUGUAUCGGUACCGGUGAAGCCCCACAAUGCCGUCUUGAAGUGCAAGUACUUUUUGGAGAGGUCGGUGAGACAAUCGUAAAGAACAUGGCCGAUUCCGGAAUUCACAUCGAUGGCCAUCAAGUUCUACAAGUAUCCGGAUACGGUCGUUUUCUAGGAAGUUCCUGGAUUCAGAUUCCAUUCUAUAACAAUAAUGACCGUAUGUCCCGCAUGUUUGGUUUCCAGUUGAGAGUCUAUCCAUUACCUGCUGACGCUAACAGCGCCACCAAACAAGUUUUACUAUCUAACUGCCAGUCAGACCAUAACAUCAAGGAUUCAGCCUCCCUUGAAGUCUAUUUAAAUACAGUGGAAAAGAUAAUCUAUUUCCGUGCUGUAAACUUCCUUGAUGUAGCCAGUGUAAUAUCCGUACCAUACAUUGAUGAAACAUGGAGCAAUGUGUUGUUUUUAUUCAAUGGACAAUCGAUGUUUGCCAAGCUUCAGUACGUUGACCCAAAUAGCAAAAAUUUGCUUGAAGCAACCGACACUGCUCCAUUCUCAGGUAAAAUCAAAACCGGACUGAGCCCCCUGAAGAUUGGAGGUUGCUGGACAAACGGUGGUGUGAAAGCUUACAUCGAUGAGAUCCAAAUGUCCUUCUGCAAAACCAGAUUUCCUGAUGCUUCUGCAGGUGCAGGUGCUCAAUCGUCCCCCAAUUCUCAAAAGCUGACAACUGCUCCUCCAGGUUCAGUCGUUCCCUAA